AUGGCUACUCAAGACUCUCAGUCGUUCCACUGGCGUUACGACGAGCUCGACGAUAAGAACUUCCAAAUUAGAGGCCGGACACUCUUCUUCAUCAUCGUACUCUUCUCCGUCAUCUUUUUGGUAACACUUCUCUUCCUCUACGCCCGCUGGAUCUGCCGGUCGUCCUCCUCUUCUGCAGCCGUCUCUGAUACCACCACCUUGUCCCCCCACGUCCGGCCCUGUUCACGGCCUCAAGGCCUGGAUUCCGCCCUGAUCGAUAGUCUACCGAUCACGCUGCACCAUCGGCCUUCCACGUCGUCGGCGUCUUCCGGUGAAUCAGAGUGUUGUAUUUGUAUCGGAGAAUUUGAAGAAGGGGAGAAAGUGAAGGUGUUGCCGAAUUGCUGCCAUACUUAUCACUGCGAGUGUGUAGACAAAUGGCUCACCACUCAUUCCAGCUGUCCUAUUUGCAGAGCUUCACUCGUAGUCGACUCACCCGUUUGA